ACUAAUCGUAACUAUGCCACGCUAGGGUUGUUUAUCGCCAACCGGUUGCCUAGCAACCACACAGCCCUUAACAACCGUUUAGUUUGAGCUGAUGACAACUUGACAAGUGCCGUAUAAACAAGGUUUCCGUAAUAAAUAUAUUUGUGGUGAAAAAAACGAAAUGGCUGGAGUCACGAGACCCAUGAGUCAAAUGAGAAAAAUUGAAACUAAAGAAGCUCUCUUCCGGGCUCGGAAGCGUAUCCUCAAGUACCUUGUGCUGGGCUACCUGAAGCAGGAGGGCUUCUUCCACACCGCCGAGACGUUCUGUGCGGAGGCGGCCCUCACCGGCGAGUAUGAGGUCUGCGAUAACAUCGAUCUGGACAUCAUAUUACAAGACUACUGCAGCUACUACUUAAUCCGGUUCAACAAACAGCCUCAGUUCUGCCGCAAGAUCGAGGAGCAGCCCCCUCUCAGGCGACCCCCCACUAGGAAGGCGAAGACCGUUGAGGAGAGGGAGAAAGCUGAUGUGUGUGAAAAGGAAGAUGUUGACUUACCUUCGUCUUUCACUGUUAAGAAGCUGCUGAAGGAUGAACAAUCAGUACAGUCAAUCCCAGCCAUAGAGAGGAAGUCCCUCGCUGGUUUCCUCAGCCAUGCGACCCCAGACAAGAAGCAGUUGGUGGAGCUAUUGUACCAGGACAUCAUUAAACCGACCGGUGUGUGCUGGGACGACGUGAAGGGUCUGACGUCAGCUAAGAGCCUGCUGAUGGAGUCUGUCGUGUAUCCAGUAAGGUAUCCCGAAGUAUUCACGGGCCUGCUGGAGCCGUGGCGAGGCGUCCUCCUCCACGGGCCGCCGGGCACGGGCAAGACGAUGCUGGCGAAAGCCGUCGCCGGCGAGAGCUGCUGCACUUUCUUCAACGUUUCCUGUAGCACCAUUAUCAAUAAGUGGAGGGGGGAGACCGAGAAGAUUAUUAAGGUCUUAUUCGAGAUGGCAUCCUACUACGCCCCUUCAAUAAUAUUCAUGGAUGAGGUAGAGACCCUCGCGUCAGAUCGCUCAGCGCCCGGCGAGCACGAGGCGUCGCGCCGGAUGAAGGCACAACUACUCACUGAACUGGACGGCAUUGGGGAAAGAGAGGGAAUCAUAUUUUUACUGGCCAACUCUAAUUUGCCUUGGGAAAUAGACCCAGCCAUGCUACGACGUCUUGAGAAACGAAUCCACAUUCCUCUCCCAGACUUCAAGACUCGAGAAGAGCUGUUUCAAAAGUACUUGAGCGCUAAGAACGUGGAGCUAUACCCGAAGGUGGACUUCAAGGAGUUGGCUUCACGCACCGACGGCUACUCCGGCAGUGACAUCAAGCUGGUCUGCAAGGAGGCCAUCAUGUCUACUGUGAGGAAGAUGCUGCCUACUAUGAGUGGGAGAGGUAGUACCGUGAAUCGGAAGGACAGGUUGGAACUGGCGAACAUACUGACAGCUAUCGAGAAGACGAAGCCAGUGUCCAAAAACUUGGCUAGGAGGCACCAGGACUGGCAGAAUGAGAUGGGGUGUUCGUAAGAGAAACCGAGGGAAUUAUUGAAUGUAGUUAGGUAGUAUUAAUGGAUCUCUCUUUCUCUCUCUUACAUGCCUGCAUGUCAAAGUGAUCGAAUCGUGCUAUUGCAUACUCACUUUUCGCCAGAUAAUUAUAUGGAUGUUUGCACCAGACGAAUUUAAUGCUUGGUCCUAUUAUACAUACCUACAUUUAUGUACCAAUGGUACACUUGCAGGGAUUAAGAAGCUAUUGCCAGUUCGUUGUAGUCAAUAUUUUACCAAUUUACAGCAAAAUAUGACGACUAGAACAAGGUUAAAGCGUUUGUAUUUCACAAACGAGAUUUGUAACAAAAUAAAACCUCUUUCGUUGACGAGAACUUGGAUUGUCAAAAAUGUGCAUGGUAAAGAUAAAAUGUCUAUUGGCCUAGUAUUAGUCUUACCAAAGUGUUCAUAUUUCAUAACAUAUUAUGCUGCCAUAACAUAACAAUAAGUAGAAACUCUACUUUCAAAGAAUUUUAAUAUUUGAUAGGCAUGUUAUAUUCGUGGGAAAUUUUGAUAGGUAAUUUGUUUAAAAGUCGUGUGUUGUUAAUAAAGUUUUUUGAUUGAUUUUUUGUUUUAUUCUGUUCCCA